AAAGUGUAAGACUACAUUGCAGAGCCAGAUGUUGUAAGUGUAAGCAUGUGGAGUGUAAGCACCGAGAGAUUAUUGACUAAGCCUCUGCAUGGAUUGGAAAACACGCUAUUGUCUUUGGCUCCUUGGGAUUAAAACAAUAGUGAGAUAUUUCAACCAUGAUGUUGUUACCCACAUUUUACCCCCUUUUUCCUCCUUGUUCCCUUCUUCCUUCCCAGCAUUUUCCCCUCUGUCUCUGGGAAAGCAGAAGUUUAAGGGGGGAAAACAAGUGUGUGGAGCCAAGAAACAGGUCUUACAUCAGUUACUGGGACUAAACAAGGUGCUGUUUUAAAGAGUCUCUAAAGUCUGGGGCCAAGACAACAUGAACACCACCGAGCCAGGCUCCAACUUCACCUUCACCUCUGACACAGAAAACAUCACUCUGUCCAGCCUGACAACCACCACCGUCUCUCCCACCAGCCCACAGCCUCCGUCCUACUCUUCAGACUUCCACGACCCAGAGUUCACCAUCAUGGUGGUGCUGGGCUUAUCGCUGCUGCUGGCAGGGUUAGCAGCCUUCCUGGCAGUGUGCCGGCCCUCUGAACAGGACGGGGACUCUGAGAUGAGCUGUGGCCCCGGGGAGAGCUUGACCCUCGGACGAAGCCGCUCCAGCGAGCCGCAGCUCAAGGUGUGGAAGAGACUGGGCUCAUAUCGGCGUUCAUACAACCUGUCCUUCAGACGGCCACAGCACCGCAGACCACACGAGCGCGAGAGCACACAGGCGUCCCAGACUGCCGCUCAGCAGACACCACAGUCAGAAACCAGCGCCGAGCCCCACCUCACUCUGCCAUGUCUAUUUGACUAUGUCACUGAAAUCUGACUUGAGGACGGGCUGAGGGUUCACUGACUGCUCCCAAAAAUGUGACACACUGUAUAUUUUAUGGUUGGUGCUGCAAACAUCACUAACACCAAGUGUGGGUGGAGAGAGAGAACAUGGAAAGAUUUUUUAGCAUUUGUUUUAACAUCCUCUGAAUGCCAGGUGGAUGAAGUUGGCUACAAAAUAAGGAGGUAACCAGAAAGCCAGCCUUGCAGGUCUGCAGGUUUUUUUUGUGACAUCUUACUUUCUAUACAGUAGCAGGUAACAUCUGCAUUAUUUUCACUAGAGGUAAACAUUAUUUAAUCAAACAACAACUCAAUUUGAUUACAGUUCUCUCAGUAAGGAUUUGAUGCCUCAUCAAAUCUCACAUUCUGCCCUGGUUUAAAUUUGGUCUGAUUUGAUUACAUCCAUAUAACAGAUACAGUGGGCCAAACUCAGCAGCUCAGUUAAAGCUAAAGUUUUUGAUCUAAUCUAAAUCACAUUCACAGUCUGGGGAGAAGCAUUCUACCUUUAAAUCAAACUGCAAAAGUUCUGAUGCUGUAAACCUCAUCCACCUGCUAAUUCAUGUGAAUUAAGACAAACACCAUGAAUUAUUUUCAAGUGUGACUUCAUGCUGGUCUCAAAACAAAAUGUGUUAUCACUACUCACUAUAAGACAAAUGCAACCUGAGCCAAAAAAGAGACAACUCUGUAACCGAUUCUUUGUGUUUUUGUAAUUAGUUUCGUUACGAAAUAAAGUGACUGUUAAUUUGGA